AUGGGUGCCACCAUUGUGGAUGCUCUUAGCACAGGACAAUGCAUUCAUUUACCCAAUGUGAAGAAAAGCAGUAAUUUGGUGAAGAGUUAUCUUGGGUUUGAUCCCAUUCAUAAGCAAUUCAAAGUAUUGUUAAACACCGCCACGCCAGGAGUUUCUGAUGAGCAUCAAGUUCUGACAUUAGGGACUCCAAAUCAUUCAUGGAGAAAAGUUAAAUGUUGUUGCAUUUCCUAUUGCUAUCCUCACUCUAAUGAUGGGAUAUGCAUCAAUGGUGGUGUAUAUUACGUAGCUGCGGUCAAUAUGGAUCCAUUUGUUAAUGCCAUAGUUUGUUUUGAUGUUAAGUCUGAGAAGUUGAGAAUUGUUUACAAAGCUAAGGAAGACAUGCUACUGUGGAGUGAUUCAACUCUUGUGAACUACAAGGGUAAAUUAGGUGCUUUUGUAGGAGGCGGGCCCGGGGUUGGUGGAGUAGUUACGGGACAAAAUUUUGAGUUGUGGGUUUUAGUUGACGCUGAGAAACAUGAAUGGUCGAAACAUUUAUAUGUAUUGUCUCCUCUGUGGAAGAAUGUAGUUGCCGAGUCGGAUUUAUGCUUUGUUGGGGUGACUGGUAAAGAUGAAAUUGUGUUGUCGGAGCUCUAUAUAUCCGAUCCUUUCUAUGUCUACUACUACAACAUCAAGAGCAACACUGUCACUAGAGUUGAAAUUCAAGGAAUGAGUGCUUUUAAAGAUUUUAUAGUUCACGCCUCUUUAGACCAUGUAGAGGACGUGAAGCUUAUGCAAAAUGUGUAA